AUGCAUUCACUAAUCAGCAACCCCGAUAGAGAGGAAGGAUCCGCAAAUUGGGCUCAGGAAUUACUUAUUUUGCGCUCAUGCUGUCGAUGCCAUAUUCCUCCUAGUGACUGGCUCCAAUUUAGGAGAAAUUGCCCCUCUCAAGUCACCAACCGUUGUGUUUCAUUGUGCGCCUGGCAAAGAUUCACUAUAAUAAUUAAGAAGGAGAAGAGAAGGAAGAUAGACGAGGAAGAGGAAGAAAGGAACAAAGAGAGACAGAAGAACAAGGUCAAGGACAUCCCAAUCAGGAAAGACCCUAACGACUCAGUUUCAUCCCAAAGAAGGGCCCCUCUUCCAAGCCACCAUUGUGCCUAA